AUGUGGGCCGAGAGUCUAGCCAAUGGGAUCGCACUCGGCAACACCCGAGAUGACAUCUUCGACGGGCACCUGGCCGCUCGCCCCUUCAGCAACUCACAAAGGGAAGAACGUGUUGCUCCGGAUUCCACCCUCCCAUCCCCUCUGACGCUUUCAAAAGGUUAUUCACCCGACAUCGUUCGAUGCCACCCACACCCGCGCCGUGAGCCCCUCCCCUCCAACCCUCCAACAGGGAUACCCCAUCGACAUGGGCAACCUCCAACAUCGGACGUCGAGCCAGCACCACCCUCAUCUCCCAUUUUUCUGAGAUGCAGACGCGACGGUCGAGGGCGCGAGGAGGUCAAGCACCAACACCCAGGGGGCGACGAACGUGGUCACCCCACGAGCACGAGCAUGGCAAGCUACAGCACGAUGAACGCCAAGAUAGGGCACGACGGGCAUGAGCAUAACGGGCGCAAAUGCAAGUCGCCCGCCCAGAGCAGCCUCAAGCACGAUGAGGACGGGCACGGCGAGCAGGAGGCCAGCGAGUGGUGCAGAAGCAGCUCAAACACGUGUUGCUUCACAGCCCGCCAUCUCCUACCCGUCCUAUAUGAUCGACGCGUGCUCCCACUGUCGAAUACGACAAGGCGGGCGCUAGCACGGCGACGAGGCAAACGCGAACGCGACAGCGAUCGGUCGAACAGGAGCAUGACACGGCGAGCAGGAGGUGGGACCGGACACAACGAGCAGGGGGGCAGGUACGAGGGCGCGGAGGAGGAUCUGUUCGAGCACGGGCCCAACACGGGGGCAAGGUCUGUUGGACCUGCUGCCCCUCUGCUCGAAUGUGGGGUCUGCCGGUGUCCGACGACCGACGACCUCGACCAAUCCGAGAACAGCAAAGACCGAGCAUGGGGCGAACACGCGCUCGGUGGCCACAAGCACGGCGACGGCCGCAAGCACGAGCAUGGCGAUGCCAGCUGCGGCGGCGAAACAGGUGUCCUCACCAGUGAGUCCCCAUAUCUGACCCUCCUGUUUGCCUCGUUCCACCCCUCCUCGCAUACCACCUCCGCAUCCGAAACCAGCCCCCGCCUCACCUCUACCCACGCCCAUCCGUUUCAACCAACAACGAACAAGAGCGAUGGCCGGCGCGCAAACGAGUAA